AUUGAUAACAUGGAGAGGGGCAGAGAUUGGACUGCACAAACUCUGGGAAAGGCAAAGAGUAGAGAGGAGAAGUGUCCUAAAAAAUGUCUGUAACAACCUUCAAUCCCCUCUCCUCGCUUUACACGCACCAUACGCUAUCGCCAAUUACCACCAAUUUCAUUCAUUGCGCAGAAUUGAAUCCCCGUUUGCGCUAUAAUGGUGCAAGGCUUCUGAGUAUUUGUCCUCAUGCUAUUUCUUCACGAGACCAAGGAGUGUUAGAUUCUGAACUACAUUCUGUUCUUCAGUUGGCUACAGGCUCUGAACUAUAUGAGGUGGAAAAAAUUCUUUUUGGAACAAGUUACUUUAGUCCAUUGUUGAAGUCCAUAGCAAAACCAUCCGAAAUUGAUUAUGUAAUGAUUGAGGAAGAUCCUGAAGAGAGAGAGGAGUUUAUAAGGAUUUUGGAAUCAAGAUUCUUCUUCCUUGCAGCUGAUGCUCGAUCUUCAUUGAGGGGUUGGAGGCCUACGUAUAGGAAUGUUUUGCUUGGUGUGAGAAAAGAACUAAAAAUACCUUGUUCAACAAAAAUAUCAACCGAAGAUUUGGAAGUAGAAAUUUUCCUUCACUUGUUGCAGGAGUACUCAAGUGAAGGUUCAAGAAGCUUGAAAAACACUUCUGAUAGUUUAGAAGUUGGCUUAAGUCCAUGGAAAGUGCAGGCUUUUGCUGCUUUAGGACAUGGAGCUGAAGAGAUCUUUUCAACAAUUCUGAAGGGUGGAGGGAUGUUUACAGUGGGAAAGCUAUACAAUUUGAUAUCAAGUAAAUUAUCAGGCAAAGUGUUCUUGGAAGCAGCCAAUUAUCAAAUAAAGAAGGAAGUUCUCAAAGAGGGUGGAAGAAUGGCAGCUAUAAACUUGGAGUCAAGAGCAGCUUUACUUGCAGCAAAACAGGGGUUAGCAGGUGCUGCAUCGCGAUAUCUUGGAGUUAGGAGCAUAAUGGUGUUACUUGGUCCUAUGCUAUGGGGAACAUUACUAGCAGACAUUGUUAUUCAAAUGCUUGGAACUGAUUAUGCAAGAAUCUUGCGUGCAAUUUAUGCAUUUGCACAGAUCAGAAUCUCACGAACAUACAGGCUACCAUCGGAUAGCAGAUGAGAAUAGUAGUGAUUUAGUUUUAACUUUUAUAGUGGUUGGUUUACUUUGUCUUAUCAUGUAUCAUUAUUAUAUGAUUAUUAUAUCAUGUGUGUGUGUAUAUAUGAAAUGCAGAUAGAUAGUUUACACUUUACACAAAACAAAUAUAAUUUUAUUUAUAUGUUCUUGUUCCCCU